AUGACAGUGUCGAAAAUAAUUUUUUCUCCUUGUUUAAGCUUCGACGUGAGGGGUAAGCAUCUCUCGGAAGCGAGGCACUGGUCAGCGCCAGAAGUAUUUGGGCCGCGUGCACACUUUUCCACGUCACCGCCGCCAGCCUCGCUGCUGGUGCGUGACGUCAAGCGUCGCGAUGAGGGCGUCUACCGCUGCCGGAUUGACUUCCGCAACACGCAGACUACUAGUUUCAGAUACAAUCUCACUGUAGUUGUUCCACCGGAGAAGCCAGUGGUGGUUGAUCGAUGGGGGCGUGUCAUCAAUACAACGACCCUUGGUCCUCAUGAGGAAGGAGACGACGUCCUUCUUACAUGUCGUGUACUUGGAGGUCGUCCAGAGCCAUCGGUGCGAUGGUUAGUCAAUGGUGUCCUUGUAGAUGAGGAGUAUGAACACAACACUGGCGACGUAAUAGAGAACCGGCUACUAUGGCCGGCUAUUAGACGCGCCGACUACGCAGCCGUGUUCACGUGUCAAGCUGCCAACUCACAUUUGGUGCCCCCGAAAGAGCUUUCAUUAGUACUCGAUAUGUUCUGUAAGUAUUAA